AUGGAAUCCAAAACGCUUUCAUCUGUACAGACAGUGCAGAUACUGGCUGAAAAAAACCGCGAUAAUAGCAAGGCGACCAAAAGGCGAAACUGUUCAUCUGGUGCAUCGAAAGAGCCCAAGCAAGUAAGAAUUGAUUCUUUUGUUUUGGAAAAACAGAAAGCUGUUGCCAAAAGUCCGGCAGACAAUCCUUACGCUCGAGAGAUAUUCAUGUGCAAAACGAAUGUCCGUGAGAUUGUAACCAAGGCAACGGAAGAAAAUCCCAGGUCACAAACAUGGGAUGCGCGCAAACGGCGCAAGCAAGAAAAGGUUUAUCUAGACCGAUUGUACCGCUCCUAUGUUGAGGAGCCAAAAUACAGAAUUCGAGAACCGUUGCAUCAGCUACGAUUUGUGAAUUCAUAUUAUGAGUAUAGGUUUUUUCUGGCGUUGAAAAAACCAUUAUGCAGCGAGAUCGAGUAUGCAAAUUAUAUGAAACAGCUGCAGCUUGCUGGAGUAAAAGAGUGCAUGGUCAGAAUGCGAAAAAAGAAUCUUCUACUUAAACUUGAAGAUAACGUCGUAGCGCAGGUACGCAAAAGGUUUCCCGAGUGUUGGAGUGGCAAAUUAGAAAAAUUACCUUUGUAUUUAAUGGAUGCUUACCAGCAACACAUAAAGCGAAAGAAUAAACCGAAACUCUCAAAAGAGGUCAAUACUAAAGAGUCUCUGAAUGAUCAAAUGGUAGAGGAAUUUCUAAAGCACUCUAAUGCCCGUAGUAGAGGUUCUAAGAGGCAAAUCAAUAGCAUCGUUCCUAUUAUCGACUGUUAUCUUGAACACAGUGAAACCGCUGGCUGGCUGGAAUUUAAUGAUGACAAGCUUAACAAAAAGUAUAAAGUGGGGCCGUAUCUUGAAAAGUCUGCUCCUGUCGCACUUCCCGUCCCUAUGGAUUAUCCCGAAGCCGCCACACCUAAUAGUUUAGACACAGUACAGUCCUUCAAUUCGGAGAUGGAACAUAUGAGAGCGGAAAUGGCUAUGACACAACCUUCAAAUGAAAUACCGAUUACUGGGUCAUUUUUCGCCAGUACUAUGGAUGUGAUUAGUGCUCUAAGUACAACGAGGAAAAAUCCUACAGAUGAGUCGUCGAUUGAAGCAGUCGAAAUACCAGAACUCGAGGUUUCUAGUCCUCAUCCAAGUGAAGCCGUCACUGUCGAUGACAAUGUCGGUAGGCAGCAAGAAGAGGUAUAUGAAAUAACCGAUCCUCCUGCAGUUCGUCCAAAUGAAUCCACUAGUGCUCAAAAUAACAUUUCAAAAUCAAAAACAGCUCAAAAAAAGAGCGCUCAAGCUACUAGUAUGCUGGUGUCUCAAACAGUCGAAAAACAAGGAGGCGAUCGUUCUACAAGUGCUUUAGCUCGUCAAAAAAGCUCGAAGGUGUCGUCGAUUGAGACAGCGCAGUGUUCUAGAGCGUUAGAUCAAUUAAAGAGUCCAAAUCGUGCUACCACUAAUACAGGUCAUCCGCCUAAGAGUACACUGCUUCAAGAAAAGAGCUCUCAUCAGACUAUUGCAAGCCCAUCCAGCACACCAAUAUUUAAUGCAUGUAUUCUUAGACCGAGAAGAAUUUCUUAUGAAUCAGAAUCGCAGCUUGAUGCAAACUCGCUAGUGACACGCGACCUCAACGCUAUAGCAGACACAAUGCCAAAUACGGAAGAGUUUUGCCCUCCAGUUUGUUCAACUCAAGUGCCUGGUCAAGAACAGAUGCAGAAUGAGUCUAGUUUCUCAUUGAUUACACCAGCACAACGAAAGAUAUAUGAAAUAUCUGACUCUCCUCCGAGUGCACAGAAUGUGGCAUCUGCUGUUCAAAAUACCAAAACAGGCACUUCCUACACUUUGGAAUAUUUACGCAACAACAGUAAUAUAGAUCAACUUGUAAUAGAGAAAAUUAAAGAAGUGGAUCCAAACCGUGCAGAACAGAGGAUUUUGGUGUUGGAUAAAUAUGUGAAGAGAUUCUACAAUCGAGCCCGUGAUAUGCUGGCUCGUAAUAUUUUUCCAGAUGGAUUGAGGCUUUUGACGAAAGACGAACUUAGUCAGAAAAAAGAGAGUUCCAAUUUGAAUCAGAAAUCACCAAUAACUAUUACCGAAGAAGUUUCGUUACAUAAUGAUAUGUCUAAAAGCAACGAACAUCGACCAAAAACUGCUCAAUGUACAACAACAGCAAGUAUCACAAACGGGUCAAAUAUUCCAACUAUCCCUCGUAGGUCUAUAAGUUCGGACUUAGUACUGCAGAGUGAUGCCAGAUCGGUGUCACAGAACCGGCAAUGUCAUACCACACCAGUUCCUGUUGCAUCCGCUCGGUUACAAUCACACCAAGAAACUCCUUUUUGUACCCUCGCUGCAACUCGUUCCCAAAUUACAACACGCCAAAAUAUCGACCUGUUACCUCAGAAUCGAUCUCCUUCCCGAAUGGAUACUAUAUCUUCUAACACCAGCAGAGCGUUGCACGUUACUCAACAGCAACAACUUCGUGGCAGGAUCGAUAGUGCUUCGGAUCAUGAUUCAUCUAGCUCUAACAUUACUGUGCUUCACAAUAGCGUAAAAUCUCCUGAGGUAAAUGUUAAGCAAGAGAGGAACAUUUCCGACUAUGCAUCGGAGGUUGAAUGCCAAGGGGAGGUAAAUAAUGAAAUCGUUUUAAGUGACGACGACGAGCCCGCCAUGGUGGAUGCCAAUGAGUUGAUUGAAAGACAUUCCAAAGACAAUCAGCUGGAGCAGAUCGCUCAGAUGCCUGUAAUGCCACACAUUAUUAAGGACAGAGUGGAUGAAUUGUUUCAGAGUAAUCAUGACAAAACAUUGUCGCAGAGCAGCUCAGAUACUGGGACUGGAUCCCAAAGUACUAACUCACAAAACGAUAGGUCAGCUCGUGCGGACGCUGUGGGGUUUCGCUAGAAAACCGCAAUAAAAUCCAACAGGAGAGAAUAUUUCCAAACACCCCAGUUAUUGGUAAAGCUCAAUCUGUACAAGCAUUAUCAAGUCGCCUGGCUCGACUACGAAUAGUAGCACCGAUCAGUAACAGCGAAAGGGCUUUACGUCAGGCCCAUACCACAUUGUUGGGAAGAAGUUGUUUUCUAACCCAGAUUGAAAUCCUGACGGUGCAGUUUUAUCGAAACCCGGCGGCAUACCAACAGCGACAUUAUCUGGAGGUAACUUUAAGCUCAAAACAGCAUAGAGUAUGUAAUUUCACUGUUACCGAUUACGAAGUACGUAAACUCUUGAACCUCACUGGCGGCGAUCGAGGAUGGUUGGCACUGACUAGAGUUCUGAACCAAGUCGGACGAUUCCAGUAUAAUAAAUUUCAACACGUACCGAGCCGAAUGGAUUUUUACCGAAUGAAUAUAAGUGAGAAACUGUUGUAUAUGUUUUUCAGCACCUUUCCAAUUUGUGUCCAGGAUGCCGGUUGGGUUAUCAACUUUCGAAAUAAUUUUAACUGCUUUUAUGAAGAACCUGUCCAUCUAGAGAAGUUUAACUUUGUUCUACAUUCCACCGGUUCGAGCUCAGCUGAAAAUAAUGCCAUUGAUUUGAGCGAAGGCUUAGAUCCUUACAUAGUACGUAGAAUGCGACAAC